AUGCAAAAGCAGGCGUUCCAUCAGGAAGUGCUGUCCGGUUCUGUUUGGGCAUGGCGGGUCUGGGACGUCCCCGUAGACCGAGAAGUGAUUGGACGAAUUUGUGAUGAGAUCGGCAUUUGCAAAAAUCGGGUCUUGACCCACGAUGCACAUAUCGCUCUCGUUGGUGGCACGGAGAAACAGGAAGGUGUAAUUGUCAUCUCUGGAACCGGUUCGAUUGUCUACGGCAUCAAUGCCGAUGGCAGAGACGCACGCGCGAGUGGAUGGGGGUAUCUGCUGGGAGACGAAGGGAGCGGUUACGAUAUCGCUAUAAAAGGACUCCGAGCUAUUGCUCGUGCCGCUGAUGGUAGAGGUGAUCAAACCGAAUUGACAGAUCGAAUCCUCAAUGGACUUGAACUCAACGAACCGGCUGAACUGAUUCGCUGGGUGCAUGCCGCGAGUCGAGAUACGAUUGCACAGUUGGCAGAGGUAGUGUUUGAUACUGCCAAAACAAAGGAUACGGUCGCAGACUCCAUUGUUGACGAGGCUGCUGAUGAACUCGUUUGUGCCGCAACCAGCGUAAUUAAACAGUUGAAAUUCACAGAGCCGUUUGAUAUUGUGCUCAAUGGUGGCAAUCUCAUCCAUCAAACGAUGUUCGCCGAUAAACUCCGCCACCGAGUUUGCGAGGAUUCAACCAGCGGCAUCGGUGCAACUCCCAAAACAUGA